CGGAUAGCAUAGACCGUUAUCUCGCCGUGAAGGGGGAAAAAAAUCAAGUUCGUUCGCAAUUUCACAAUGGAUUGUUUGAUUGUCUCUCUCGGCCAAUGGGAGGCGAGGCAAUUAACAUCCCAACACCGAUUGAUUUAAAACAAAACUGUGGAGCUGGGGUGUUGUGAGACGGCCAUUUGAAGGUGAAGUAGGUGGUGAACUCGAGCCUCAAUGGACUACAGUUGAUGGGUAUCUCGCACACAGGCUUCUAUUUCUGUACAGGUUUGCUUCCACACAGCGUGAAGAGAAACUUUCGGGAUUGAUUUUCACCCUUUAAGGAAUUGCUCAAAGAACGCUGGCGUUUGGACAUUUUCUUGCCACCCUCAAGUGUUCAGGACAGGCCGUUCAGAAACGAUGUUCUAUCUUGCGUAAUGGGUAUAUAGACGGUGUAGACUGCAAGCGUGUCAUUGACUAUAACCAAGUGCCUGAACCACAUUGUCUGAGAUUCAAAUCAAGGAGAAUGUCGGAGCGAUCUCAGAGCCCUCUUUCUGAUUGCAACAGCCGGCCGGAUGACUUCAGCCGACCCAUGUACGCCCAGGCCUUAAGUCAAGAAGUGUUUGGAGGCACGUCGCUCCAGAUCCCUCACGGCGUUCUACAGCACCACAGUCUUCUAUUCAACAAGACUGCAUACAAUGGGUUGCCUCCAACACCUCAAACCUUUUUCCAAUUCCCACCAGUCGGUGGUGACUAUAGGGCCUCCGAUUUACAAACCGGUGACUUUUGCCAACCCAAACACUGGUAUCCCAUCGCCGCUCCCGAAUACACCGGCCAAGUUCCGAGGGUUGCAGUGACUACGCAGGCCACAAACCUGAGCCCACCCAUUGCCGAAGCCAGGGACCAAAUCAAAAUGCCUGAUAUAAAGAUUGAGAAGGAUGUCAAUGACGAGUAUAAGGUAAAGAUUCAACAGUAUCCAACUCCGUCGUCCGCUGUGCCUCACGGGGUUUACUACUCGACCCCAUGGACCCCCUCGUUUUGGCCCGGCCUUCCCCACAUCACUGCUGAGAGUUCCAAUAUUCAAAACCUCAACUCCAUACCCUCAACAUCGUCUUCAACAUCCCCAUCGCUCUCGCCGUCACCCCCCAGUAAUGGGUUACCCGGGAUCACGUUCAACGGAAGCGCAAGCCAAGGUGCCCAAGCGCCCCAGGCGCAAACUCAAAGCAAUGGAUCCGCCAGCACCAGCGGUGGGUGCAGCGACUCGGAGGAAGAGAACCCUUCAACUGAGGAGCUGGAACAGUUCGCCAAGGAGCUGAAGCACACGCGUAUAACACUGGGUUUCACACAAGCAGAUGUAGGAAUGGCUCUAGGCAACCUUUAUGGCAAGAUGUUCAGCCAGACUACAAUCUGUCGUUUCGAAGCCCUCCAGCUCAGCUUCAAGAAUAUGUGCAAGCUGAAGCCCCUGCUUCGGAGAUGGCUGAAUGAGGCUGAGACCUCUGACAACCCCCAGGAUAUGUACAAGAUCGAGCGGGUGUUUGUGGACACCAGGAAGAGGAAGCGGCGGACCAGUCUGGAGGGUUCGGUGCGCACGGCUCUAGAAUCCUACUUUGUCAAGUGCCCCAAGCCCAACACCCAGGACAUCACACACAUUGCAGAUGACCUGUGUCUGGAGAGAGAUGUGGUGCGUGUGUGGUUCUGUAACCGCAGACAGAAGGGCAAGCGCCUGGCCCUCCCUUUCGACGAGGAGUGUGAAGAACAGUACUACGAGCAGAGUCCACCUCCCCCGCAUAUGACCCAAUCCCCCCUCCCUGGGCAGGGGUACCACCUAUCCAGCCACACCGGGGCCCCCACUUUCUACAUGCCCCCCCUCCAGAGGCCAGAAGACUUUAAGCAGGCCCUGCACCCUGGACUGGUGGGUCACCUGAACAGCUAAAUGUGUUCCAGUUCUCUAAACCAGCUCUGGCCAUAUGGCCUCCCAUUCCCACCCAACAUACAGUGGGGAGAACAAGUAUUUUAUACACUGCCGAUUUUGCAGGCUUUCCUACUUACAAAGCAUGUAGAGGCCUGUCAUUUUUAUCAUAGGUACACUUCAACUGCGAGAGACGGGAUCUAAAUCCAAAAUCCAGAAAAUCACAUUGUAUGAUUUUUAAAUAUUUAAUUUGCAUUUUAUUGCGUGACAUAAGUAUUUGAUAUAUCAGAAAAGCAGAACUUAAUAUUUGGUACAGAAACAUUUGUUUGCAAUUACAGAGAUCAUACAUUUCCUGUAGUUCUUGACCAGGUUUGCGUACACUGCAGCAGGGAUUUUGGCCCACUCCUCCAUACAGACUUUCUCCAGAUCCUUCAUGUUUCGGGGCUGUCGCUGGGCAAUACGGACUUUCAGCUCCCUCCAAAGAUGUUCUAUUGGGUUCAGGUCUGGAGACUGGCUAGGCCACUCCAGGACCUUGAGAUGCUUCUUUACGGAGCCACUCCUUAGUUGCCCUGGCUGUGUGUUUCGGGUUGUUGUCAUGCUGGAAGACCCAGCCACGACCCAUCUUCAAUGCUCUUACUGAGGGAAGGCCGAGGGUGAUUGACCGUCAUCUUGAACUUCUUCCAUUUUCUAGUAAUUGCGCCAACAGUUGUUGCCUUCUCACGAGCUGCUUGCCUAUUGUCCUGUAGCCCAUCCCAGCCGUGUGCAGGUCUACAAUUUUAUCCCUGAUGUCCUUACACAGCUCCCUGGUCUUGGCCAUUGUGGAGCGGUUGGAGUCUGUUUGAUUGAGUGUGUGGACAGGUGUCUUUUAUACAGGUAAUGAGUGGAGAACAGGAGGGCUUCUUAAAGAAAAACUAACAGGUCUGUGAGAGCCGGAAUUCUUACUGGUUGGUAGGUGAUGCAAAUUAAUUACUUAAAUCAUACAAUGUGAUUUUCUGGAUUUCUGUUUUAGAUUUAGUCUCUCACAGUUGAAGUGUACCUAUGAUAAAAAUACAGACCUCUACAUGCUUUGUAAGUAGCAAAACCUGCCGAUUUCACAGGUUAUCAAAUACUUGUUCUCCCCACUGUAGCUAUUUUCUACCUCUUCAUUCCACCAGUCCCUUGGCUCUGAAUAUCUGCGGUGAGAUUGUUUUUGCACAAAGUUGUCUGACCUUUUUUUAAUAUUUUAAAAAUGAGAUUUUUUUCCCCCCUUUAUCUUGCAUAUCCUUGUGUUGUCUUGUUGCAGUUCGUCCAGAGGUUAUCUAUUAGGUCUUACAUACAAUUUCUUUAAAUAUUCUUUGCAGUCUUGUCCAGAAGGUAUACUCUCUUAGUGGAAGUAUGAUACAAAUACAUUUUUUGAUUUGUCUUUAAAAAAUCUUGCUAUGUUUGUUAUCCAUGCCUGUAUUGCAUAUGUUGACUAACUGUUUUUAAUCUAAUGGUAGCCAUUGCGGUAAAGGGAUUAACCAAAGUGGUACUUAUCAUGUUAACAUCAGGGACCUGUAUUGUUAAUGGUUGUCACUGUUACAGAGCUGAUUACAUCACCACUCUUAUACAAAGACUCUGAAAUGGCCACCCAGCGCAGGCACAAUCUAGUGCCUUGUUGUGUAGUUGAAGUAAUUUCAUCUUCUAUGUGACUCCAAUCUCUUGGCUAAAGUUUACACAAUUCCAUGUUUAUAAAUAAAAGCAUAUUUGAUCAUUUUA